AUGGCAGGUAACGAGAUUGGGUUCCGUACUUAUUCCAAUGGCAAGGAGGUUGAGCGGACGCCGAGCGAGCCAAGUCUCGAGGAAGAUCUGGCAAACUUUCCGUACAAGACAAAAGAAGAAGUGAAGUAUGCCAGAGGGCUUUGGGCAUCGGGUAUGCUGGAGAUCAACAAUGAAGACGACGACAAUAUUCACUCACGAGUUUUCGUCCCGAAAGCUUUGACCUGCUCUGUCUUCCGUCGGGUCCAGGAGCUGGUACCUGCCUAUAGAUCCUGGCCUGUCAUCGACUGGAGUGACAUCGUGGAACCUGAGCUUGGUCUGGAGCCUGGUUACGGGUUCGAUCUCUGGGGCGACAUCGAUAGGGCCACAAAGUUCUUAUACUCUGGUAAGGUCCGUCGCGAUAAUCACCUAAGAAACAAUUACAUGGGCGAGGAAACUGGAGCUGGCUACAUCCGCGACUGGUGCAUGGGCGCAGCUCUAGGAAGUCCCAAGUACCAGAACAUUGCCAUGAGUUAUAUGAUGGAGCGAGAUACCCUGGGUGAGAUUGACCUUGCACAAGACUACGAAGUGAAACAUGAAAUCUUCGCUAUUCUUGCGGAUGAGGAUCUUGAUGCGAUCUCUUCACUUCGUGAGGUUGGUUUCCGGUGCAUGGAAAAUGCAGCGUUCGAACCGCACAAGCUUCUUUCGUAUAUGUUGGACAAGCUGGUCUGGGAGGCUGCCCACGGUGGUUACUCUUGGUUGAAAUAUGUCUAUCGAGGAGGAUGCCUGGCAAAUGUCGUCGCUCGAGCUCAGGUCGACGCUCUGAAGAAUCCUGCUGCGAGAUUCGCUCCGUGGCACAUCUCUAACCAGCACAGGUACUUGCUGAGCGAGGUACCAGAUAGGGACACCAUCAAGACGGAGAAGAAGCGGCCCAAGCGUGUCAAUACUGAAGGUAGCGCAAGCUCCAUCAAGAAGCAGAGAGUUGCAUGA